AAUAAAAGAGAAGAAGAAGGAAGAAGAUAACCUUUCACAUAACCUAUAAGUACUUAGUAAAAAAAUAUAUAAAAUACUAACUAAAAUGAAUCAAGCAGAAGUUACAAAACUAGUUUCUAAAUUAAAAAUUAGGGUAAACCCUAGGUUAAGAAAAUUUAGAAAUCCUCUUGGGCCCGAAGAGAGGUUAAACAAGCUAAGGAAAACCGUAACGGCGCUAAUAAAACAUGAAAGAAUAGAACUAAAUUAUCCCAGAGCAAAUGAAUCAAGGAUGUACGCUGAAAGGUUAAUAUCUGAUGCAAUUCGUUAUGGAGACUGUCACAAAACAACUAUGGAGAUGGCAGACUACUGGUUGACAGAAAAACAACUAAUCCACAAACUCUUUAAAGUGUUAGUUUCCAGAUACGAAAAUUACAACAUAGGCUACACUAGAUUGGUAAGAGUUCCCAAACUUAAUGGAGAAACCAGAGAGAGAGCUGUAUUGGAACUAAGAGGUAACCCAUAUCCUUCCUUGUGGCCAGAGAAUAAUUCAAAUCGAGAUUUACUUCAUAAUGUGUUACUAGAUGAGGCUAAGAAGGCAUACAGGAUGGAAAAAUAUAAGGAAAUUGCUGCUAAGGUAGAAGAAAAUAUCAAAGACAGUAAUCAGAGUAUUGCAGGUGCGGAAAAAGCUAAUGUAGAUAAGAAGAUAACAGAAGUGAGGAUAGAGAAUGAGAAAGUUGAAAGUAAAGACAAAGAAAAUGUAUAGUAUAGUUUUUUAAUGUAAUCUAUAAUUGUUUGCAAUAUAUUUAAGUAUAAUAUAAUGUAUGUAGUA